AUGGACGUGACGAAGGCUGUUUCUGAUGUUAAUAACACCCGCAAAAGGAAGACGCCUCCCACCAACGCAGCUGCGAGGAAGAAGAUGGCUAAGCGAUGUGAGUACCGUCGACUUAUAGAUGUCGACAGGCUGAGCAAAUAUUGGAGAUGGGCUGCAUCUACUUUGAUGCACUUAGCCAAGACUGUUCCUAAUGUUGAAAAGGAAAAAAGUAGGAACACACGCAAAAGGAAGACGCCUACAAGCAGUGCGCCUACGAGGAGGAAGAUGGUUAAGAAAACUGAGUACCCAUCCAUUCCGGAGAUGUCGGACGGGAUGAGAGAGCGAAUUAUGGAGAUGGGUGGGAGGGAAAUUCAUUUAGUAAUUCAAAAACAAGUUCAACAUACCGAUAUAAGUAAGAACCAUGGUCGACUGUCCCUGCCGAUAAAUAAACUCCGUUUUGAUUUUACGACAGAGGAGGAGAAGAAAUUGCUGGAUGAACAGGAAAACAAAAACAAGAAGGGGAUGAACGUGGUGAUGAUAUAUGAUGUUGGGAGAGAAAGUAUUAUAUGCUUGAAGAAGUGGAAAAUUGGGAGCAGUGAUACGUACUGCUUGAUGACGCAGUGGAAUAAGUUGGUGGAAGAGACUGCAUUGAAAGCGGGGGAACACAUCCAACUGUGGUGCUUCCGUAAGGAUGAGGCUCAACUUUGUUUGGCUAUGGUUAAAUUAGGUAGCUGUUAG